GCCGUCUCUCUGGUUUAUUGUUUACCCUUUUCAUCACGUGACAAUAUAAUACGAGUGUGGAAACUUUAUAAAUUAAAACAGAGGCAACUCUCGAGAGACACGGAAACACACACAAAGAUAAAGAGAGAUAGAAUGGGCGAGGAGAGUGAGAGGUUGGGGUCUUCGGCAUUCGAGCCAGGCAGCCUCCCGACCACGGUGAUAAAGGCAGAUCCGUCGCGGGAAGACCCAGUCUCGCCACCGAAGCCGGUGAUGAUCGUUGCUCCGACGGUCGCCGGAACUUACCCCGUCGUCUUCUUCUUCCACGGCUUCUAUCUCCGCAACUACUUCUACUCCGAUGUCCUUUCCCACGUCGCUUCUCAUGGUUUCAUUCUCGUCGCUCCCCAGCUGUGCAAGCUGUUGCCGCCGGGAGGGCAGGUGGAAGUGGAUGAUGCCGGAAAAGUGAUAAACUGGGCGCCCAAGUACCUUAAGAGUCUGCUCCCGGGGUCGGUGAAGCCGAGCGGCGAAGACACCUCCCUCGUCGGCCACAGUCGCGGCGGUAAAACCGCGUUUGCGGUUGCGUUAGGGCACGCCAGCACUCUGGACCCGUCCACAAAGUUCUCGGCCCUUGUGGGAAUCGAUCCGGUGGCUGGAAGCAACGUGUGCAUGAGGACACAGCCGCAUAUACUGACCUACGAACCGGAGUCGUUCGAGCUGGACAUGCCGGUGGCGGUGGUGGGGACGGGAUUGGGCCCACUCUGGAAGACAAAGCCGCCGUCGCCGCCGUGUGCGCCGGACGGAGUGAACCACAAGGAGUUCUUCAACGAGUGCAGGCCAACACGUGCGCAUUUCGUGGCGGCGGAUUACGGACACAUGGAUAUGUUGGACGAUGAUCUGGAGGGUGCGGUGGGGUAUCUGGCAGGUUGUUUGUGCAAGAAGGGGAAGCUGGACAAGAGCGGUAUGAGGAGAUUCGUAGGGGGGAUAGUGGUGGCGUUCUUGAAGUACAGUGUGUUUGGGGACAAGUCGGAGAUCAAUAGCAUCGUUAAGGAUCCUUCCCUUUCUCCGGCGAGGAUCGAUCCUCCCCCUCAGUUCCACGAAGCUUCCUCUUUCGUUUGAGUGCUUGUCUUCCAGUUUGUAACCCGAUGCCGUUGCUCUUCUUAAUUAGUUGAAUAUGAACGUUUUAUCACACAAACAAUGUUCAAGAGCACACACUUUCCAUGAUUUGAUCGAAUCGGUAAAUCAGGCGGGGGUUUGCAAGUAUGAUAAAGGCGUGAGAGGAAGAGAGAGCUGUGUGUUUUGUGAAGAAUCUUGAGGGGUGGGCCAAUUCAUGCCGACAUUAAAACCUAUGAUUUGUUCGUUGGCAGACUGGUCCCCCUUCCCUCUCUACGUCCGAAU